UAUAUACAGCUUGUCCUUGAAAGAGACUAUAAACUUGUACCACAUUUUUUAGGAGAGGAACUUCUGAUUUUCUUCAAAAUGCCUCGAAUUUCCGAGUACUUCACCCCUCUAACAGUUAAUGUAUUGUUUAGUAUGGGAGCUGGAGUCCUUAUGGGAUGGUUUAUUAGAGGUAAAUUCCAAAGACAACAUGUUCUGAGAGCUCAGGAAGCUGCCAGAUCGUCAAUGGAGUUUUCCUACCUGCAGGGUACCCCUAGUGUCAUGUCUGACAGCGGUGAAUACAAGCUUGUUCUAGUUGUAAGAAACGAUCUCAAAAUGGGAAAAGGAAAAGUAGCUGCACAGUGUAGUCAUGCAACACUUGGAUGCUUUAAAAAGGGAACCAGAAUCAGACCAGAAUGGUUGAAGAAUUGGGAGGUGGAUGGCCAACCUAAGGUGGUCCUAAAAGUACAAGAUGAACAGUCAUUAUUAGUGUUAUCUGGACAGGCCACAAGAAAAGGUCUUCCAACAUCCAUCAUCCAAGAUGCAGGAAGGACUCAGAUAGCUCCAGGAUCAAAGACGGUGCUAGGUAUCGGACCAGGGCCAGCAGAACUCAUUGAUGAAGUGACUGGAGAUUUGAAGCUGUUUUGAUGAGAACCUGAUCAUUCCAUGAAUAGUUUUAUACUUCAUCCACUCACUGGGCCUGACUGACUGGGGGUGAUGUGACAUGUGCAAGGGAAGAUGUAAUAGUCAAACGUUCAGGCUGACAUUUUCAGUACCAAAAUUACUAUGUUCAGUUAGAAACCUGAGAAAGCUAUUGGAAAUGUGUGUUAACUGAAAGUGGACAGAAAGUCUAAUCAUGUUAUGUGCAUUUUUACCCUCCCCUCCAAAAAUAAUGAAAUAUUAGACCUUUGUAAUGACCUGAAUUGAAAGUGUUUAUCUCUACAUUCUUUGUUUUGGCAACACUUCUAAUAUUUCUAUGUGAAUGUUAUUUAACGGUAUGUCCAUCUUCAUUUAGACAAUUGCUUCUAAAAUAUUUGAUGUGAAGCCCAGUUUUAAAUCACAGUAAAAAUAGAUGGAUCUUUUAAAUAACAACACACAUUAGUCCAUUACAUCAAUUUCAAUGUUCAAGUUCCCUUUUUUAAAUUGCCUUUUUUUUCUUCAUGUACACCCCGAGUUUAAAUAAUGGAUGUUUCAAAUGUUUAAACAAAUUAGGACCAGGAAAUUUGUAAAUGAACCAGUGCAAAAACGAAAUGAUGCACGAAAUGAUGCUGCUACAAUUGUGUAUGUAACUACUCUUUAUAAUGGGUGAAUAAAUGUGCACAUCACUUCAAUAUGGAUAUGGAAGACAAGAAAGAAAACAGAUUUUGUUUAGUGUCUUUUUAAUAAAUCAUGGUAAAAACAUCUA